AUGUUUUCCUGUUGUUAUUGUGAACAACAACAAGAUGAUCAUUUUAUAAUUCGUACAAUGGAAAAAUUACCUGUUCAUACUGAAGUUAUUAAUCUUCGACAUUUAUUAUUUCCAAAAAAUUUUUCCGAUAGUAUUAAUGCAGAUUUUAGUCUUGCAAAACGUGAUGAAUUUCCUUAUAUGUAUUUUUUAAUUAAUCAUUCAACACGUGGAAUAUUAACAAUACGUAAAGAAAUUGAUCGAGAUGAAUUAUGUCGUUUACGUCGUUGUCGAUGUGAUACAUGGUGUGAUUUAGAACUUGAAAUACUUAUUAAUAGUGAACAAUUUAAUAUUGAAUUAAUUACUAUACGUAUUAUUGAUCGAAAUGAUCAUAAACCAAUAUUUACAAAUAACCAAUUGAAUCUAACUAUUGUUGAAAAUGCACAAAUUGGUGCAAUGAUUAAAUUAGAAUCAGCUAUAGAUCAUGAUCAAGGACAAAAUAGUAUUAUUGGUUAUUCAAUUGUAUCAUCAACAGUUCUUCCAUUUUCUCUUCGUUAUGAUUUAAUACGUGGUGAUUUAUCACUUGUAGUUGAAAAAAUGCUUGAUCGAGAAUUAAUAUCAUCAUAUAAAUUUGAUAUUAUUGCUCGUGAUGGUGAUAAUCAAACAGGCCUAUUACAUGUUAUUGUUAUAAUUGAUGAUAUUAAUGAUUCGCCACCGAAAUUUGAACAACCCAUUUAUAUAAUAAAUAAUAUUAGUGAAAUGAUUUCAACUGAUUCAAUUGUUAGUCGUGUACAUGCAACAGAUGAUGAUGAAGGAGUUAAUGGAGAAAUAAAUUAUUAUUUAAUUAGUCAAGAUAAAUGUUUUCAAAUUGAUCAAAUCACAGGUGAUAUACGUGUGAAAUGUUUAUUAGAUUAUGAAACAAAAUCAAUGUAUCGAUUAGAAAUUGAAGCAAGAGAUAAAGGAGAAGGUUAUAAAACAGAUUUUUGUAUAGUUAUAAUUCAUAUAUUAGAUGAAAAUGAUAAUGCACCAAUCAUCGAUAUAUAUUCAUAUGAUAUUGAUCCUGAUUCAAAAUCAGUAGAAAUUUAUUUAAAUGAAUCAUUACCAAGAAAUUCUCUUGUCUUAUCACUAUCGAUAACUGAUCGAGAUUCCGGUGAUAAUGGACGUGUUACAUGGAAACUUCUUGAAUCAUCUAUGAUUCCAUUUGAAUUAAUUCGUUUAACUGAAAAUACAGGUGAAUUACGUACAAAAGAUUUACUUGAUCGUGAAUUAAUUUCACAAUAUAAUUUAACAUUAGAAGCAAUUGAUCAUGGACGACCAUUAUCAAAAUCAACUUAUUUAAAUAUAUUUAUUAUUAUCCUAGAUGAAAAUGAUAAUAUACCAAAAUUUCGAGAAAAAACUAUGAAAGCAACUAUAAAUGAACAUGUCAAAAUAAUUAAUCCAAAUGGUUAUGAAAUAUUUCAUCUUCAUGCUGAAGAUGCUGAUGAAAAUCUUAAUGGAGAAAUCAUCUAUUCAUUAAUUAAUCAUGAUAAAAAUCUUUUUCAAAUUGAUUCAAAAACAGGAAUUAUUCGAGCUAUGACAGAAUUUGAUCGUAAACAACAAGAUACUUAUAUAUUACAUGUUGAAGCACGAGAUAAAGGUACACCAUCAUUAUCAUCUCAAGGAAUAAUAACAUUUACAGUUAUUAGUCAAAAUGAAUAUACACCUGUAUGUGAUACUAAUAACAAUAAUAUAUCAUGGUCGAUUAUGGAAAAUAGUGAAAUCGGAACAAUUAUUGGUACAAUAUCAUGUCGCGAUGAUGAUAAAGAUGAACCCAAUGGUCGAAUAAGUGUUUAUUCUGAAUGGUUUUCAGAUGAUAAAUUAGAUUAUCAAAAUAAACCAAGUAUACCAUUUGAAAUAGUGACAAAAAGAAGUAAUACUUCUCAGUCAACAACAUUUAUAAUGAUAUCUGUAAAUGGCUCAAUAGAUCGUGAAGUUCUUUCAUUUUAUCAAUUAAAUUUUAUUAUAUCAGAUCAUGGAAAUCCACGUCGAUCAAUAAAUAUUUCAAUUUCAAUUGAUAUUCUCGAUGAAAAUGAUCAUUGUCCUCGUUUACAUAUUGAAUCAUCAUUUAUAAUUAUAAAUCGUGAUUUAACACCAAAAUAUUUUCAUAUACAUUUAAGUGCAUCCGAUGAUGAUAAAGAUUAUAAUGGAAAUAUAACAUUUCAAUUAUCACCAUCAACAUCACCAUCAUUUAUUAAUUUAUUAUCGAAUGGAACAUUAAUUGUUAAAACAGAUUCAAAUUUAAUUAAUGAUAAUUCAUUAGUUGUAUUACAUGUACAAAUACGUGAUCAUGGUGAACCAACACCAUGUCUUAUUGUUGAAACUUUGCGUUUAUUUAUUGGUUCAAAUACAACUGACUGGAUAACAGUUGUUAAAAAUAAUAAUCAUGAUGACACAUCAUUACGUCUUGCUACUGAAGAAUUUCAACAAGGUAAACGUAUGGCUCAUGCAUUUUCAAGUCCAACACCAUCAUCAAUAUCAUCUCCUCAUGAUGAAUAUCCAUCAUCCAUAACAUCCUUAUCUACACGUAAACAAAUCUUUGCAGUAUUUAUUUGUUCAUCAAUUUUAAUGUUUGUUGUUAUAUUAACAAUGGUUUUAUGUUUUAUUGAUUGUAUACAAAAGAAAACAAAAGAAAAUCGUAAUAUGUCACUGAUGAAAACAAAUGGAUUCAAUACUCAUAGUUCAACUUCUUCAACAAAUGGAAAAUAUAGUUCAACUCCAUUACCUUGUGAAACUAAACAGUUUUAUGAAAAUAGUUCUCCAAAAAAUCCUUAUAAAAGUUUAAAAGCAUUAGCAAAUAUAAAACCAGUUAUUAUUAUUGCAUCAGCAUCAUCAUCGACAGCAUAUUCACAUUCAACAUCAUCGAUUGACUCAACAACACGUGCUAAUACAGCACAUAAUCGAGCUUUGACAAAUACAUAUACAUAUACAGCACUUAGUACAAGUGAUGAUUUAAUGCCAAUGGAUUUUGAUGAUAAUUUAAGUAGUAUUAUUGAUGACAAUGGAAUUGAAUUAAAAAUGACUACUGUUUAA